AUGCUUUAAAAGAUAGAAAAUCAAUAACAAACAUGCUUUAGAUAAAAACUAAAAAUAUAAGAUUAUCGCCAUCAUUAGGAUCAACAAGAGUUGGAACAGAAAUAAAUUCUUUUAGACAUAGGAGAUUAAAGACUCCAAUAGAUGAUGGAAUAUAAUAAAUAAAGACUAGUAGAUCUUAAUAAGUAUGUAAAGAUAAUUGAGGAGGUAUCUCCAUUAAAAGAUGUAUGUCCUUGGAAUACAUAGACACCAUUAUAAAGAUUGAUGAAAAUAAAUAAAGCAACAGAAAAAGAGAAAAGGGUUUUGUAACAUUUCAUAUGCAACAAAUGGUUAAAAGAAGUCAUAUUAAAGAAAAGCAUACAUGUAGCUAUACCGAAAGAAUCAGAAGAAGAAAAGAGAAUUAGAAUAUAAGAAUUUGAGACAUCAGAGCAUCAUAGAUAAUUAAGAAUAUAGUAAUCUUUGACUCCAAAUAUGAGUAAAAUGGAGAAGGUUUUUUGCAAAAUAAAAAUCUUUUGUAAAUUAGCAAGUUAAAGAGGAAUAAAUUUAACGGAUUAAAUUAGAAUAAAUAAUGAUUAUCGUAGAUUAGUAUUUUUUGUGCAUUUUCGAAAUGAAGAUUACAAGAUUUGUGAUUAAAUGAUCAAUUCAGAUAGUCAUAUAAAAAAUGCAAUUGAUAUGGUAUUAUUUAAUUAAAUUUAAGUAAGGUGAUAGACCUUUACAUAUAGCAGUUAGAAGAAAUAAUUUGAGAUAAUUAAUGUAUAUAUUGAAUAAGUAACCUGAUUUAGAAGCAGUAAAUUUUUAUGAAUAGACUGCAUUAAAUUUAGCCAUAUUAUUAAAACAUUAUGAAAUGUAAAAGGUAUUUUUUUAUAUAAAAAUUGAUUCUUUUAGUUAAUGGAUGUAGUCCUUGGAAGAUAUUCAAACCAAAUAAAUUAGUGA